AUUUGUCCAGGCGUUACGACUGUUCAAUCGGAACACGUUAUUGAACCUUGCUGGGAUACACCCUCGCAGCUGUAUUGCCAGGAUGCACCGGCUCGGCUGGAAUUUUGACGCCGAGACUGACACUAACACAUGAAUGAUGGAAAAGGGUGCCUGCACCGUUCAGAUUCACACCCCGGAUUGCUCUGGCAGCUAAAUUGUCACUCAAGCCCGUUCUCCCCGCAUCUCGCCAUCGUUGGUUUUCCAUCCGCUCGCUCAGUUAAUGUAGACCAAACACCAACCCCCUACGAAUCGUCGCUCUUGGGAUCCUUUGCUUCGAAAAUAUGGCGGCAUCGGUCGACAAGACAUGGCCGGAGGAGCAAUUCGAAGCCGCCGCUUCGCGAGAGGCGAUUUCGCAACAUGAAGGCACUCCCCAGGUUCGGAAGAUACUCUUGAAGCUCGACGUCCAAAUUCUGCCCAUCCUCGCACUAAUGUUCCUAUGCUCCUUUCUCGAUCGCACAAAUGUCGGAAAUGCGAAAAUCAUUGGCCUCGAAGCUGAUACGGGAAUGAACGAUCAGCAAUAUGACGUUGGGCUGGCAGUGUUUUAUUUGUUUUACGUGUGCAGCGAGGUGCCGAGUAAUCUAAUGCUAAAGAAAGCGUCGCCGAGAAUCUGGCUUCCACUUUUGACCGUCACAUGGGGUAUAAUCACUAUGUGUUUGGGGUUUGUGAGGGGCUUUGGUAGCUUCGUAGCCGUUCGAGCGUUGCUUGGCGUGGCUGAAGGCGGUCUUUUGCCUGGAAUGGUGCUCUACCUUUCGUCGUUUUAUAGACGGUCGGACCUCGCCAUCCGAAUCGGGCUGUUUUAUACCGCAGCCUCACUAUCCGGCGCGUUCGGUGGUCUGUUGGCGAGAGGACUGGUUGAAAUUGGCCCGCGAGGCGGCUUGGAGGGCUGGAGAUGGAUUUUCAUCAUCGAGGGAUUACUGACUGUUCUCUGCGGCAUAAUUGCAGCUAUUGCCCUGCCCAAUGGUAUCGCAACAGCCAGGUACCUUACCCCUGAAGAGCGUGAAAUCGCGCUGGACAGACUUUUAUUAGACAAACCAUCUCUGGGGGAUGCUGUUAACUCCGAGAACGAGUCCCUCAAAUGGUCCGAAGUCUUCCGCGGGUUAACCGAUGUUAGUAUGUGGCUUACGGCUGUCGCAUAUUUUGGAAUUCUUGCUGGCCUGUAUUCAUUUGGUCUCUUUUUGCCCACGAUCAUUCAGGGAUUGAAAAUUGCCUCAAGCGCGAAUCAGGUCCAACUAUGGUCCGUCAUUCCGUACGCCGUAGCGACUGUUUCGACCGUUCUCGUUGCAUUCUUAUCCGAUCGCCUGAAACUUCGUGGUGUUAUAAUGCUAUUCACUCUUCCCAUCGCUAUCGUCGGCUACGCUGUCAUCGCAAAUGUUUCUAACCAACACGUUCAAUAUGGAAUGACCUUUUUAAUGGCCACCGGAAUGUACGCCAGUAUUCCAUGUAUCCUCGUCUGGAAUUCAAACAACUCUGCGGGUCAUUAUAAACGCGCCACUACGUCCGGCAUGCAGCUCGCAAUUGCCAAUUGUGGUGGUUUUGUGUCAACAUUUAUCUAUCCCACCAAAGAUGGACCGCGAUUCCACAAAGGACAUACAGUUGUCCUGGGCCUUUUGGUAUUUUCUUGGUUUAUGAUAUUAUUCAAUGUACUCUGGUGCCACAGAGUUAAUAAGGACAAGGCCAACGGCAAGUAUAAUAAGUAUGCUGGCUACAAUGAUGAUCGGGACCCAGAUUUCGUCUUUGUGCUGUAAGGGUAUCUUCGAGUGCGAUGCUAGUUAAUAUUUCGUUUGAUGGACGUCUAUAUACACAUGUAUCCAUUGAUGGUUUCUAAUACCUGUAUGCGGUCACCUGCUCGUCCGAUUUGUGCGCAUCAUUGAUAGCGAUCGUAACUAUACAGCCACAUAUCAAUUGAUCAAUUGAUACGGAUUGAACUACGA